AUGCAUAUCCAAAACUAUACCAUACCGUUGUCUGUGCAUUUCGAUCGUGUAGAAGACUACUUCAUAUAUCUUUUUCACAUUUUAUUCGCCACCAGCUCAGUUCUGGUGGCCGGGUCUGUUGUGGUGGGUAUUCUGGGCACGCGAUCCCUGCGUCGCCAAAACCGCUGUAUUUUCAUGUUGAACACGAGUAUCAGUGACACUUUAACAGGAUUUUCUGUUUACUAUCUUGGUCUUUUUGAUGUCCAAGAAGGAUAUCCAUCCAGGAACGGCACAUUUUACAUACUCCCUUCAUUUCUUGGUGUGAAUGUACUGACAUUUCUCUUUGCGCAAUUCGACAGGUACCUUGCCGUGUGCCACCCGUUUUUCUACAACCGUUUCAUAUCGCGUGGAUGCGUUAUUGCAAUGUGUGCAAUCUGUUGGAUUUACACAUAUUCCAUACUGAUUGUCCAGAACAUGGUGCCUAUAUCAAAAGCCGCCCAAAUCAACGCGUUUGGUGUCAUUGCAUUGCAAUUAAUUGUUCUAACCAAAAUCAUCAUGACCAUAAAGUUGUACGUCAUUGCUAGGCACCAACUCGGCCGAGAGGUGCCUUCAACAGAAAGAGAAACGAAGAAAGAGUCAUUACGUAUCAUACUGCUUGUUGUGAUAUGUUUUCUGAUUUUAUGGUGCCCGUCUUUUGUGAACAUUAUUGUGAGACAACUGACUGGAAAGGGACUGCGGUUUAGAAAUGAAGCGACAAACCUUUUCUCCACCAUGUCCAGGUGCAAUGCUCUCUCCACUCCUGCGCUGUACAUAUGGGGCAGCCCCUCUUUACGAGAGGCCGUGGGUAAACUAGUUUGGUACAGAAUCUUCCCUAAACUAAGGGAACAACAAAUCCAUUGCGCGUAG